AUGUUGACUUUGUCUUCUUCAUCAUCUUCUUCCAUUUAUCCAUGGAAAUAUCACAUUUUUUUGAGUUUUAGUGGUAAAGAUACCCGAAAGAGCUUCACGGCCCAUCUAUAUGUUGCUUUAAAUCGGUACGGAAUCAACACUUUCAGGGAUGAUAACAACCUUGAAAGAGUGAAGGACAACGGACUCGAGCUCUUGAAAUCAAUCGGAGAAUCAUGGGGUUCAAUAAUCGUUUUUUCGAAAGGAUAUGCUUUUUCAAGUUGGUGUUUAGAUGAGCUUGCCGAGAUUGGGAAACAGAGGAAGGAAAGGUCGUCUUCAUCGUCUUCUUCCAUUUAUCCAUGGAAAUACGACAUUUUCUUGAGUUUUAGUAAAGAUACCCAAAAGAGCUUUGCGGACCAUCUAUAUGCUGCUUUCAAUCGUUGGUGUUUAGAUGAGCUUGCCGAGAUUGUGAAACAGAGGGAGGAAAGGGGACAUCAAGUUUUUCCAAUUUUCUAUGAUGUUGAAGUCUCCGAUUUAAGACAUCAAAGAGAAAGGGUUCAAGAAGCCUUUGACAUGCAUGAAAAGAGAUAUAAGGAGAACAAAGAUAAGACGCAAAGGUGGCGAGAUGCUUUAUCCCAAGUGGCUAAUAUCAGUGGAUGGAUUUUGAAAGAUCAGUAUGAAUCGAACUUCAUUGAAAAUAUUGUUAAAGAGAUAUCAGCAAACUUAUCUCAAACAUGUUCACAAUUGAAAGAGUUGCAUUCCAAACUCAAUAUAAGACGACGUUAUGUUGAAAGUCUUGGACUUGAAGCAAGGGAUUUUUUUCAUAAAAAGAUCGAUGAAGAUACAUCGUUAUCCUGUAAUAGCUCGUCUGCGGAGGAAGAUCCAACUGAACACGGGGAGAUUUGUCAUGUCAAAAGCGAGGGUGAAAUCAUCCCUCCAAAUUCUGAAGCUUCACUUGAGAUUGGGGAGAAACAAAUCAAUCUACAUGGAGAUCCAUCUUGUGGUAGCUUGUCUCCCUGCAUCUUUAGAACUCCUUACCCUGAAUUAGAUUUCCAGAAGCCUCAGUUGGUUUCUAUUGGCCCUUAUCACAGGGGUGAAAACCUUCCACUCGAAAAUAGCAAGUACUUCUUCCUUGAGAAAUUUAUGUCUCGGACAAAACACCAAGGCAAAGAUUUACGCUUCUAUGUCCAGGAUAUGGUGACACUGGAACGGCGUACGAGAAGAUGCUACUCCGAGGUUUUGUCAAUGUCCAGUCUCGAUUUUGUUGAAAUGAUGUUAGUUGACGCUUGCUUCAUACUGGAGGUCCUACGCCAUUUUGGUAGGAGUGAAGAAUCUGAAGAUGGGUUUUUCCCCAUUGAGCCAUGGAAGAUCCCCAUUUUGGUUCAAGACCUGCUCAUGCUAGAGAACCAAAUUCCUUUCUUUGUCUUAGAGAAGUUGUUUAAUUUAUCGGAGAGCGAAGAAGGGACAGCAACACUUUCUGUAACCACUAUGGCCUUGAAAUUUAUGGGUCUAGUCUUCCCUGGAUCCAUGGAUUUCAGCUGCAAGUCCAACCAUUUGGAGGCCGACCAUCUACUUGACUUGUUUCUCGAGUCUAUCCGCCCAUUAAACAGAUCCACCAUCUCAAAUUCACUCCAUUUGAAAACAAUUGUUAUUCCAAAAUCAGUUCACUCAUUUCUCAAGAAAAUCAAUCCGAGAAACCAAGCAGGCGUCUCAAAGAUAGGCCAGGAUAUCCUUUUAGAAACCCCUGCGACCAUUCCAAAGCUAAAGGAAUCCGAACCAUCAAUCUCAAUGGGAGUCAAACCUGAACAACAAUGUGAUCCUCCACCUCCAGUUCACUCAAUGAGAAGUGCAAUGAAACUACAGUCAUCAGGUAUAGAGUUCAGGCGGAGAAGAGCUAAUAGGUUCACAGAUAUCAAUUUCAAGGAUGGAGUGCUUGAAAUCCCUCCUGUAAUCAUCAAUGACCUCUUUCUCGCAAUCCUUAUUAACUGCAUGGCCUUGGAACAUCGUUCUGAGCAGAGGUCCAAAGAUUUGACUGCUUAUGUCUCAUUCAUGAUUGGUCUCAUCACAGAUUCUACCGAUGCAGAGUUGCUAAGUUCAAAUGGAAUUAUCUCAAGAUUUUCCUACGAUGACAAAACAGUGGCAGAGUCUUUCCAUUCGCUAGGGGAAAAAACUCUUAAUCUGGACAUUCAAGAUUCCUAUCUUUCCAAGACAUGGAAGGAAAUAGAACGCUACUAUACUAUUUGUGAGGGAAAAACUUGGCGUUGGUGGCGUUGUUGUCGUAGAUAUUAUGGGAUUGCUUUAUUCUGCAUCACAAACUUUAUGUUUGCUUUCUACCGUUUGACAUCGGGCCUUAAUUUGAUGCUCCCUUUAGUAAAAGAAGUUAAAUUUCUGGGGCACAGCACCCUGGACUUGGGCCUGAGCGAGUUUUUGGUUUUCUGUUUCCUCAGUCUGAUCAUUGUUAUUAUGAUAGUUCAAAGGGUGGCUCCAACUUUGAUGAGGAUGAUGAUCGAGAAAUACCAGCGCUCUCGAGACUUACAGAUGUCGAACAUUCACUAUCCAAGUGAAAGGUCAGUGGACGACGGUACUGAAGUGUAUGAGACAGCAAUGGAUAACGGCAAGGAUAUAGAACCAGAUCAAGACGAGUGCCAUGAGGAUCUGGAAGCCGAGCAGGGACUUGCAUCUACAACAAUUUUAUUUAGUGAUGAUGCAAAGAUUUGCAUGGAACAAAUUUGGGCAUAUUUGAUGGAUGAUGGUGUCUCAAAGAUUGGAGUUUGUGGAAAGGCAGGCGUGGGUAAAACAGCUAUCAUGAAGAAAGUAAACAACCAACUAUUAGAGGAGACUGAAAAGUUCAACAUCGUGAUAUGGAUCACUAUAUCAAAGGAGAUGAACAUCUCUAAAGUGCAAAAGAGCAUUGCAGAUGCUAUGAAAGUAGACCUUCCUAAAGCUGAAGAUGAAGCAAUAAGAGCAAGGUUCAUAUACAAAAAGUUGUCUCAAAAAGGCAAGUAUGUGUUAAUCUUGGAUGAUCUAUGGGAUAAACUUUCACUUGAAGAAGUAGGCAUCCCCGAGCCUUGUAAUGGGAGUAAACUAGUGGUAACAACCCAGUUAUUAGAUGUGUGUCGCUAUUUGGGUUGUCGAGUAGUUAGAAUGUCUACAGAACCAGAUCCUUGGAGAUUGUUCCAGAAGACAGUAGGUCAAGAUGUUUUGGACUAUCCGGAUCUGUUACCCAUUGAGGAAUCUGUUGCUGCAGAAUAUGAUGCCAACAGAAUUGUUGUAAAUUCAAUAAAUUAG